CAGAGACCUUUUUCUAGAGCCCCUGCUGCAAUCCAACUGAUUUCUCCUUGGUAGUAUUGGUGCCUAUAUUAGUGAUAACUGUGGUGCUACUUACGCCCCCCAUUUUGUUUCGACAUUUCGAUUCGAAUAAUAAAGGUAAUUUUUCAGAAUUUCAGUUGGUGUUUUCAUAGAUACAUGGCAUGUCAUCAAGUGUCACAUUAUCAAAUUCAAUCUCUAUGGAGGACUCUCUUUCACUUAGGGAGUAAUAUACGGGUCCUUCAAUCGCAUGGGAGCAGUUUCCAUUUACGAAAGUUACAUCCCAUUUGUUCAUUAUCCACAUCUCUUGUUAAUAGGGGUUACUGCAGGGCCAUUUCUGCAAAUAAUAUUGAAACAGAACGCAGAGAUGUGCUUUUUCAUAGGUCAGCCACUAUUGAUCCUAGCAGACUCAUGCUCGUUGAUGGAACCUCAAUAAUAUACCGAGCUUAUUACAGACUCCUUGCUAAACUGCACCAUGGUCAUCUUUCACACGCUGAUGGCAAUGGAGAUUGGGUCCUGACUAUAUUUACAGCAUUGUCACUUAUUAUUGACGUUCUGGAAUUUUUUCCUGCACAUAUAGCGGUUGUUUUUGAUCAUGAUGGAUUUCCCUUUGGUCAUACGUCUCUUUCAACCAAACAAAAUUUUGUUGCAAAAGGCCUGAAUUUUCGUCACAAUAUGUACUCCUCUUACAAAAGCAAUCGUCCACCAACACCUGAUACAAUUGUUCAAGGGCUUCAAUUUUUGAAAGCUUCCCUCAAGGCCAUGUCUGUCAAGGUGAUUGAGGUGCCAGGUGUUGAAGCAGAUGAUGUUAUUGGAACCUUGGCUGUUAGGAGUGUGGAUGCUGGAUUCAAGGUGCGAGUUGUUUCCCCAGAUAAAGACUUUUUCCAGAUUCUAUCUCCUUCAUUACGGCUUCUACGAAUAGCUCCUCGUGGAUUUGAGAUGGUUUCAUUUGGAAUGGAGGAUUUUGCUAGAAAAUAUGGAGGAUUGAAACCUUCUCAGUUUGUUGAUUUGACCUCACUUAUGGGUGAUAAAUCUGAUAACAUACCAGGAGUUCAUGGGAUUGGAGAUGUACAUGCAAUUCAACUUAUUACAAAAUUUGGUACGCUAGAGAACUUGUUGGACUGUGUUGAACAAGUUGAGGAGGAGCGAAUUAGGAAGGCAUUGCUAUCCAAUUCGGAGCUGGCUAGACUGAGCAAGGAUCUAGCAAUACUACGAUGUGAUCUUCCAUCCUACAUGGUUCCUUUUGCGCCUGAUGACUUGAUAUUUGAGAAACCAGAGGAUGGCGGGGAGAAAUUUACUAGCCUCUUAACGGCUAUUAGUGCUUAUGCUGAAGGAUUUUCCGCGGAUACCAUAAUUAGAAGAGCUUUGUAUUUGUGGAAGAAACUUGAGAAGCAAAGUACAGAUACCAUUCACCAGAAAGUUCUAUAAGCCGGAUCAGAAACUCCCGAGUCCUGAAAACUAAUGGUGAUGCAAAGAGUUCCCAGUUCUUCUGUCCAUAGUUUUUUUUUUUUUGGAUUGUAGAUUAUAUUGAGAUAUUAAAGAGUAGUUGGCAGUGUAGUUAGUUGUCAUGAUUGCUUAACAAUAAAGCGCAUUUCUGUAAUUGUCUAAAUCAGUUAUGAAGGACACGUGGGAUGUGUAACUAGACCUGUAUAAACUGACUUGGCUGUGCAUUUGCGCAAGUCUUUUUGAAUCAAUACAUUGAGCUAUCUCUUCCUUCCUCAAA